AUGCACCUCGACGAGCUGGAGACCGUCGACAAGGCCUUCAUCGGGUGCAACAAGGCGCUGACCGUCGUCUUCGUAUACCACCUCGCGCAGCUCGUGCUCACGGCGGACCACGUCAAGUGGGCCCCGUCGGAGCUCACGUUCCUCAACACGGUCGGCGCCCUCGCGGCCUUCUUCUUCAUCUACGACCUGACCUACGCGACCUUCCACUGGCUGCUCCACUGGCCGACGCUCUACAAAUACGUGCACAAGCACCACCACCGCCAGAUCUCGCCGACGCGCGGCAACUACGACGCGAUCAACGUCCACCCCUUCGAGUUCCUCGUGGGCGAGUACAACCACUACUUUGUGGUCUGGCUCGUGCCCUGCCACGUCGCCGCGGUGCUGACGUUCAUCGUCGUGGGGGGGGUGCUGGCGUCGCUGAACCACACGCGCCUCGCGCUGCGCAUCCCCUACUUCUACGACGUGCGCAACCACGACGUCCACCACCGCUGGCCCCGGUCCAACUACGGCCAGUACACCAUGUUCUGGGACAUCGCCUUCGGGUGGUACCGCGACUACGAGCCGCCGAAGAUGUCCAAGCUCCACCCGUCCCUGCGCAAGUCGCAGGACCAGCUCGCCGACGCGGCGGCGCGGGAGGUCUCGCCGGAGCGCGCCGACGGGAACAAGGCGAAGCGGCCCUAG